AUGUUGUUGCCACUCUCAUCACCCUUUCUAGAUGAAAAUCUGUCCAAAGGAGAUUACAUCCAGGAGCAAGUCGGUGGUGGUUUCCUUGACUUACCUCUCACCUCCACCCAGCUAAGAACCAGCAUCAAAGCUACACUGCGGGAUUCAGGAGUUGUACAAAAAUCCAGAAGCCGGCAAACAAAACUAGUCAAGAAAGUUCCUCGCAAUCCCAUCACUGCGACCAGCCAAAACUACACUCCCAAACCUUUCACAGUAUGGCUGAUACUUCCUCCAACAGAUUCACUACCAACAAACAGUGCUGUGCCAGACAAAGACUCAAUCCGCCAAGGUCUCUAG